AUGGAUAUUUGUCUGAUUAAGAAGCAACCUCAAUCCACUCCAUCCUUGCGGCCGACUUUCAUUCCUGGCGAACUCAUCGCAGAAAUCUUAUCCUUUCUUCCCGUUAAAACCAUCACGCGAUUCAAAUGCGUGAGUAAGUACUGGAAUACUUUCAUCUCCGAUCCCAAGUUUGUAUAUAAGCAUCUUAACAAGUCAUCACAGAAACAACACUUCAUAUUAACAUGGGGACACGUUAACGCUUAUACUCUCAUACCCUUCCCUUUGCAUGGUUCACUUGAAAUUCCAUCCAUCACUAUUGACGGAGAAGAUCUUCAUUAUUUGAAGGGUUGCUAUAUCGUUGGUUCCUACAACGGGUUGAUCUGCUUGUAUGCCAAAUCUUUCUAUAUGGCACACAAUGUCACGUACCAGGACUACUCAAUCUAUUUCUGGAACCCUUCUACUAGAAAAGUAUCUAAAAAAUUAGGGUCAUUUAUUUAUAGCACUCCUAUAGAUCAGAGCUACGUUCAUUUAAACUCUUUUAGGUUCGCGUUUGGGUUUGAUGAUUCAACAAAAACUUACAAGGUUGUAGCGUUUCAUGUUGAACUAGAGUACAAUGCUAGUGAGGUUAAAGUUUUUACGUUGGGUGGUAGUUGUUGGAGAAAUAUUCAAAGUUUUCCUGUGAUUCCUCUUAACUGGGUUGAUUCUAAUGGUGUGCAUGUGAGUGGCACUCUUAACUGGUUGGCUAUUCACAAGUAUUUUCAUCCUUUUUAUAAGGACACGUAUAUUAAUCGUGUUGAACAAUUUGUAAUUAUUUCGCUUGAUCUUUCAGGAGAGACAUACAAUAUGUUGUUGUUGCCUCAAGGUUUUGUUGAGGUUCCAUUUACUCGGCCAGUUCUUAAGGUUUUGAUGGAAAGUCUGUGUUUUUCCUAUAUUUCUAAAGAAAAUGAGUUUGUUUUAUGGCAGAUGAAGGACUAUGCAGUUCAAGACUCUUGGACUCAAUUAUUUAAGAUUAGUCAAAGAAACCUUAAUAUGAUUUACUUUGAUGAUGGUUAUCAAAUGGUGUACCUUUAUAAAAAUGAUGAUAUUGUGAUAUUUGCCAAAGGAUUUGGCCACCAUGCUCUGGUAUAUAACUUGAGAGAUAAAAAAAUAGAGAAAAUUAAAGUUUAUGACGGCAGAGUUUGGUCAUCUCAAGUAAAUGUUUACAUAGAAAGCUUGGUUGCUGUUGGUUGA